AUGGCCUCUCUGACAGCCACCCACAUGCAGCGGGUCUUUACUUCGAGACACAUCAAAUUCAUUGUCGGCAACAAAGGCACUUGCUACACGAUCUCUGAGGCUGCUCUUGAUAGGAUUUGUCCGGAUGGGAGCUUCGCCUAUUACCUGGACUUUCACAAGCGACACCGUGGCCAUCAUACCGGAAUGCCCCAGAUCGAGUCUCCCAAGCUGUCUGACACCGUCACUUGGGAUGUCGUCGACGAGGAUGUCUUCGUCAGGCUCAUGGAGUACGCGUACCGAGGCGACUACUCGGUGCCUGCACUCCAGAAACUCGACGACAAGGCUUCGUUGAAUCAUGAAAUGCAUUGUCUGGACUCUCGUCUAGCGAUUAGAGGAGACCAGUGCCCGAACAUUGCUUCCUUCUUCUUUGAGCUAGGAAAGCAGUUCCAAGAGGAAGCAAUGAAGCCUUUUUCCCAUCCCAAUCAAUCGGCAUCUGUGGCUUUCAUCGACGACAUCAAGCAGACGGAUCGCGUUGGACACAACGAAGUCUUCCUGUGCCACAUCAAGCUCUACCAGCUGGCCGAAGAUUUUCGCAUUCGCAGUCUUGAGAAUCUCUGCGAAGAGAGACUCAUGAAGAGCCUCCUCUUCUUCCCGCAUCAUGAGGUCGCAAUCGAUGACUUGUUCAAGGUGGUCGCUUUUGUUCGAGAGCAAAAUAUGGAACAUAUCCGGGGAAUUCUAUUGGACUUCUUUGUCAUAGAGUUUCCUAACUUGAGAACGUACCCUGAAUUCAGUGAACUUAUCAUGGGCGAUGCAAGAUUUGGGCUCGAAUUCAUCGAACGCUUACCAGGAGGCUUGCACUCUCAAUGGCAAGCUUGA